GUCGGUUUCCAUGGAGUGAACACAACAAGACAGGCAGCUAAGACUCCCUCCAGCACGGAGCGGAGCGCCUCCAGUUUCAACCAAGACAUUGUUUUUUCUCAUGGAACUAACACUGACCAAAAUGUCGGACAUGACAAAGCUCCACCAAGCUGUGGCUGCGGGGAAUUACAGUUUAGUGAAAAAGAUUUUGAAGAAAGGUCUCUGUGACCCAAACUACAAGGACGUGGACUGGAAUGACCGAACCCCACUUCACUGGGCUGCAAUCAACGGGCAUAUGGAGGUGAUGCAGAUUCUCAUAGAACACGGAGCCAGGCCCUGCCUGGUAACUGAUGUGGGCUGGACCCCGGCUCAUUUUGCAGCUGAGUCAGGACAUCUGAAUGUGCUCAAAAUUCUCCACACGUUGCAUGCCGCCAUCGAUGCCCCUGAUUUCUUUGGAGACACACCAAAGAGGAUCGCAGAGAUCUAUGGGCAGAAAGCCUGUGUGGCAUUCCUGGAGAAAUGCUGAAAUUCCUCAGUGUCCUGUGUGACUCUCCUCUACUGACUUUCUUUGAGUAGUCUCACCCUCGUGACCAAUGGGUGGGUGAACAUGGUACACGAUUCCAGCAUAACUGACGUGGAGGAGGAGUGGUUCCUCCAAAUAAUGGGGAGUGCUAUCACCAGGAAAAGUGGGCAGGAAGUGCUGAGCCAACAAAAACAAGGAAGGUCAACCACAUCACGUGUAAGUCAUUUCUACUUAUCAUCAUCUCCCAUAUCACAUGUAAGUCAUUUCUACUUAGCAUCAUCAUCAUGAGGAGCUUCCUUUCUGAAAGAGUGUUUAGAGAGAAGGAAUCCUGGUUAAGGGGAAAUUAAUCUGGAUCUUGAAAUAUAGCUAAGAUCUGGUUAACGGAGGAGGGAGAAAGAGUCUUGAUUUGGCGUGAAGGCAUCAAGUUGGAAAUGUGCAUACACUGUGUGUAUAUGUGAGGAGGUGGAGGGAUAGUGGAGGGAUGAGUGGCCUGGCUAAGUAGAGCAUUCACGCUGAGAGAAGUAGUGAAUAAGGUUGGGUGGGUGGGUGACCACAGUGAGCUGGGCAAGCAGAUGAAUGUGAACUCAGCAGGGGAUUGACAAGGUGAAACAGACACUUUAGCAAAGUCACUCCUGUAGUGGAAGAGGUGGCCGUGGUGCUGUGCAGGCAGCAUUGGAGCACUCAGCCUGUAGGCAAGGAGCUCACCUAAGGAAUUUCUUAACGCUUCAUGUUGCAAGAGGGUGGAUUUCUGGGCUAGGAAGAUGAAGAGAACGGUAUAAGUGAAUUUCAAAAGAAGCCUAGACAGUAUUUCAUAAUUUUCUGACUAUCCUACGGAUCCUAGCGGAACAAUUCAACUUUUGAUUCAACCUCUCUAAGUAGCAAAUCUCUCAUUCGAAAAAUAUUUUUGAGCCCUACUAUGUGCAAGGCAUUGAUCUAGAUACCAAAAAGGAUUCAAAGAUAAAUCAGAUACAGUGCUGGACAUUAAGAAGUUCCCUGGCUGGGAGAGGAGAUAACUUGUUUACAUAAAUAACGCUAACACGAGACUGAAAGUGACAAAACAGCAUAUGUGGUCUGAAUAUGGAGAGGUCACUUCUAGCCUGCUCAGGGAGAUGGGGGCUGACGGACAAGCAGGUUUACUAUCCUCUUAAUGGACUGUGCUUUUCAUAAUGCUUUGCACUUAAGAUACUGUUUGCCCUCCCCAUACCAUCAUCUAGCCUCUCAAAUUCCACUUGUCCUCAUAUUGGCUCAAAUUUUAUCUCUGUGAAGUGGCUUUCACAUUUCACAUUAAAGCCACAUCUUUAAGCGAGUCACACACUCACCUUUGGCCUCAUAUAUAAAACGGUACUUUUGUAUGCUUCCCAUUGUCCAUGUGUAUAUGAUGAUCAAUUCAUCAACCUAUUUCUCUAUUGAUCAUCUAUUCUAUUUUUCUAUAUCUAUCAUCUAUGUAUCAUUUAACUAUUCCUUACAUAAAUCCAUCUAUACAUAAAAUACAUAUGCAAUUAUGAGUAAUUUUUAUUUUCUUCUUUAGAUGUUUCUGUACCUUAAAAUUUUAUACAAUGAAGAGACAUGGCUUUUAUAAUUAGGAAAAACUACAAUUAAAAAAUAAAUGAAGGGGGCUGGCCCAGUGGUGUAGCAGUUGAGUUCACCUGCUCUGGUUUGUUGGUCUGGGGUUAACCAGGUGGGAUGCUGGGAAUUGACCUAGACGUGGCUUAUCAAGCCAUGCUGUGGCAAGAGUCCUACAUAUAAAAUAGAGGAAGAUGGGCACAGAUGUUAGCUCAGGGCCAAUCUUCCUCAGCAAAAAGAGGAGGAUUGGUGGCAGAUGUUAGCACAGGGCUACUCUUCCUCAAAAAAGAAAAAAUAAAAUAAAUGAAGGAAAACAGCCUCCCAAUAAUAUGCUGGUUGCUCUAUAAAUGUGAGCACUUUAAGAAUUAGCAGUGUCUUCUUCAAGUUAAGUGCCUGUCUCAGAUUCUAUUAACAUCCCACUCCGAGCACGCCAUUUUUCUCCACCUCCAAGUAGUUUCUUUCGUGUCUGAGACCUCUCUAAGGGGACACUUGGAAAUGCUCCAACUUGGCCUCCUCCCUUCUUGUCUGUGUCACGGAAACCCCAGGCUGUGUGCAGGGGGCGGGAAGUGAGGUCUGUUUCCUGUCCGCGCUGAGAGCCGCCCUGUUCCCCUC